CAAACUACAAAGUGACAUAAAUCCAUAAAAAAAAAUCAAUCAAAUCCUAAUGGCAGCUACCACCACCACCGCCGCAUCCAUAACCACAGCAGCAGCAGCGUCCACCGCUGCAACCAUCACCAAAUCUCAAUCUUCCUCUUUCCUCAAACCCUACUCUUCUUCGCAGUUACCCUUCAAAUUUUCCAAAUUUACAGCAUCUCGCGCACCUUCAAGGUUGGCAAUUUCUUGCACUUUGGCCCGAGAGGCUGUGGUUAAAAUGGAGGACGUGGUGGAUUCUGACCCGGCCCAAUGGCAACGACCCGAUUCUUUUGGCCGGUUUGGUAAAUUUGGCGGGAAAUAUGUACCUGAAACCCUUAUCCAUGCACUCACUGAGCUUGAAUCUGCUUUCCAUUCCUUAAAAGAUGACCCUGAAUUUAAGAAAGAACUAGAUGGGAUAUUGAAAGAUUAUGUUGGAAGGGAAAACCCUCUUUAUUUUGCUGAGCGGCUUACAGAGCAUUAUAAGCGUCCUAAUGGUGAAGGGCCUCAUAUUUAUCUCAAGAGGGAAGAUUUAAACCACACAGGUGCUCAUAAGAUUAAUAAUGCUAUUGGCCAAGUCUUGCUAGCAAAGCGUUUGGGAAAGCAGCGGAUAAUUGCUGAAACUGGAGCUGGUCAGCAUGGAGUUGCAACUGCUACCGUUUGUGCACGGUUCGGUUUUCCAUGUGUUGUUUAUAUGGGCGCACAAGAUAUGGAAAGACAAUCGCUUAAUGUUUUCAGGAUGCGUCUUCUUGGGGCUGAAGUGAGAGGAGUUCAUUCUGGCACUGCAACCUUGAAAGAUGCUACAUCAGAAGCUAUACGAGAUUGGGUGACUAACGUGGAGACAACCCAUUAUAUUCUGGGAUCUGUUGCAGGGCCACAUCCUUUUCCCAUGAUGGUGCGAGAGUUCCAUAGGGUUAUUGGUAUAGAAACAAGAAAACAGGCACUGGAAAAAUGGGGUGGGAAGCCAGAUGUGCUGGUUGCAUGUGUUGGUGGUGGUUCAAACGCAAUGGGACUCUUUGAUGAUUUCAUUAAGGACAAGGAUGUUAGGUUGAUUGGCGUGGAGGCUGCGGGUUUAGGAGUAGAUAGUGGCAAGCAUGCUGCCACUCUGACCAAAGGAGAAGUGGGGGUGUUGCAUGGAGCUAUGAGCUAUUUGUUACAAGAUGAAGAUGGACAAAUAAUUGAGCCUCAUUCUAUUAGUGCAGGGUUGGACUACCCUGGAGUUGGACCCGAGCACAGCUUCUUGAAAGAUAAAGGACGUGCUGAAUACUAUAGCGUCACAGAUGAAGAAGCUUUGGAUGCAUUCAAGAGAUUAUCACGAUUAGAGGGCAUAAUCCCUGCUUUGGAGACAUCACAUGCACUGGCGUAUUUGGAGAAUCUCUGCCCCACUCUCCCAGAUGGAACAAAGGUGGUUCUUAACUGCAGUGGCAGAGGGGACAAAGAUGUUCAAACUGCCAUAAAGUAUUUGCAGGUUUAAUGGUGUUUGUGAUGCUGUUUGUUUACUUGAUAGAGGAAUAAUAGGCAAAUGCUAUCUUGGUCAUGGAAGUCUUACAGCUUUUUUUCUAUAUGAAAAGCUUCGAUGUUGUCAAAUGUGUUGGCAGAACUCCAUUUUUCGUCAAAUCAAAUUGUGGAUUUUUGUUUUCA